UAUUACUCAGGCAUACUCAGAAGGACAAACAUUUUAACAGAUCAAGUGACCUUGUUGGAGGGCAGUACAACAGUCGCUUCAGACUAUACCGAAGUUGCUUUUCUCAGGCUUGGACAUGUAUAUAUACUGGAGGCUACAUCACCAAUAGCUCUUUCUCCUCCCGGGUUCCCUUGCAUGUGCGGUGAAUGAUUAGCUUUAAGCUAGGUGACGUUGAACUAGCACUCGCAGCGUUCCAAUUCACUGUUUCUAGUCCCUUGUCCAUCGUCGUCCUGAUCUUCUUUCUAUUUCGCCUCCUCGUUCUUUCUCAGAUGCCAUUUGCGUGGGCGCUCCGAGAAAUCAGGAGGAAUAUAGAGGAGACCCACAAGCUAUUCAACGAGCAGAACAGAGUAAUGUCUCUACCAGAGGACUUCGUCGUUCUUCUUGUCAACUUGGAAGAAAAGAUGUGCGACUUGGAAGUGCGAUGGAUCAAUGCCAGACAUCAGUUCUUCUAUACUGAUCCCCGUUCAUGGCUACCAUUUCUCUUCACAGCAAGGCGAAUUUGGAAGGAUGUGUGCAAACUGCGAUUCAGAGUCGACCUGCUGAACAUCAGACUGAGGAUGUCGAUUGCGGGGAGGAGGCGGGGUUCUGUCGUGGCCCGGCGGGGAAGCUUAGGUUUUUGA